AGAGAGAGGCAAGCUGCAACCUGAAGCUUUUUCCUCCCAGCACAGUUUGAACCAAACUCUCUCUGUACGACUGGGAGCCACCGAGAAAUGGAGAGGGCCCAGAUAAAGUCGGAGCAAGAUAACGGGAAGGUGGAUAAUGGGGAGGAGGAGGGGGUCCACCUUCGGAAGGAGAUCGGGCUGCUGCCUGCUGUGUCCUUCAUCAUUGGAACGGUGGUGGGCAGUGGGAUCUUCAUCGCUCCCAAGGGCGUCUUAAUGAACAGUGGCAGCGUAGGGCUGUCUCUGCUGGUGUGGGCACUGUGUGGCAUCCUCUCCUUGUUUGGGGCCCUCUGCUACGCUGAACUGGGCACCAGUUUUACAAAAUCUGGAGGUCACUAUACUUACRUGCUGGAAACACUGGGGCCCCUUCCUGCUUUCCUCAGACUCUGGGCAGAGUUUAUAUUCAUAAGACCAGCUGUUGCUUCUUAUGUGUCCUUGGCGUUUGGCCGUUAUGUUGUGGAGACUUUCUUUGCGCCUUGCGAAGCUCCCACAGUGCUAAUCAAACUCGUCAGUGUCCUCGGUGUGACGUUUGUCGUUGCAGUGAACUGCUGGAGUGUAAAAGUGGCCUCUCGCACUCAAGUUACCCUAACGUUUAUUAAAAUGUUUGCYCUGAUCCUUAUAAUCAUCCCAGGGGUCAUCGCAUUGGCCAAAGGGAAAACUGAAAAUUUCCAGCAUGGCUUUGAGGUGGACUCAAUAACCCUGGAUCGGCUGCCUUUGGCCUUUUAUAAUGGCCUAUAUGCGUAUGGUGGCUGGUUUUAUCUGAACUAUGUCACAGAGGAAGUCAUAAACCCAAACAGGACCAUUCCGUUAGCAAUAACCUUCUCCAUGGUGACYGUGACAGUCUUCUAUGUGCUUGUUAAUGUGGCCUACUACACCAUGAUGACACCUUCUGAGCUGCUGUUGUCCGACGCAGUGGCUGUGACGUUUGCCAACCGAGCUCUUCGGGGUCUGGCCUCUGUGAUUCCUAUUCUUGUUGCCUUGUCUUGCCUCGGAGCACUCAACGGGGGCUUCUUUGGGGCACCCAGGAUGCUAUUUGUGGGUGGCAGGGAGGGCCACUGGCCACCAAUUUUUUCUAUGAUUCAUAUUCGAAGACAGACACCUUUACCUGCUGUGCUUUUCCUGUAUCCCUUGGUGGUGUUGAUGUUAAUCACUGGGGAAAUCUACCAGCUCAUCAACUUUGCCUCCUUCUCUCGCUGGUUCUUCAUCGCCUUGGCAACCCUGGGCAUGCUCAUCCAUCGAUACCGUUUCCCCCAUCACCCAAGGCCUUUCAAGGUGCACUUGGUCAUUGCAAUCACCUUCACAGUGGUUUCCUUCUUCAUCGUGGUUUUCUCACUUUACUCGGACCCCUGGAACACAGGACGAAGCUGUGCCCUCACUCUGACCGGGCUGCCGGUUUACUAUGUAACCAUCUACCGGUUUCGGCUGCCCCGCAGGUGGAGGCACAUUUUCAACUAUUGCAGCAAGCAGCUGCAGAUCCUUCUAGAAGUGACGCAGCAGGAAGUCCAGACGUACUGAGGACUUUGAAGACACCAGAAGACUUCAUGUAUAUCAACUUGAUCGGUUCUGGGAAACUUUAAAAGGAUUUAUUUGAUAGUUUUCUAUUUUUAUACUAAACAUUUAAGAUUUUUGCUUUUUUAGAGAAAACAACUGAAACAGAGGAACGCAGCUAGGUUUGCAAAGGGGCAGGCGGUUUUCUGGGAAAUUUGGAAAUUACAGUAUUCCAAAUCGGAAACCUUUUCAAGCAAAGUCAAAAUCUGCACAGCUGAAUCAUUUCUAAUAAAACUAACAUUUUAUACGGAAAUAUAAAAUGUUAGGUUAUGAUUAAAGUAAGAUUUCUGCUAUCAGAUAGUAAUAUUUUGUGAUUUUUACUGUUUAGUCUUUUAGGUACUUAUAAUCUGGUUUGGUCAAGGUUAUGUUAAAGAUAGAUUUUCCCCACCUACAUUUUAAAUCCUUAAAGGCAAACAUUCAGUGUUUUAAAUUCCAGGUUUAUUCCCAUUAAUAAAAAAAAGUUUCCAACUUUGA